AUGGAAGAGCUUUCCGGGAAGUCUCUCAGCUGUGCGGAGAAGGAAAAGUUGAAGGAAACGUUAGCAUUUUUGAAAAAGGAAUACAGCAAGACACUUGCUCGUCUUAAGACUGACGUUGCAGGCCUCCCUGCUCAGGACACCUGGAACCCAAGCAGCCUACAGUUAGUCUCAAAGUUCAAGAAUCCUUUCAGUUCCUCUUCUGUGGAUGUGAGUGCCGUGUGGUGGGACAGAGCUGGUGCUAAGGAGCCGUGUAUCGUAACUGCCUGUGAAGAUGUAGUUUCUCUUUGGAAACCUUUGGAUGCUUUGCAGUGGGAAAAAGUUCAUACCUGGCACUUCACGAGGGCAUUGCUGUGUUCCUCUGGGGAUGGAAGUGAAAAGCAAGUACUACUGAAAUCUGGAAAUAUAAAAGCUGUGCUUGGCCUAACAAAGAGAAGACUGGUUAGUAGCAUUGGAACCUUUUGCAGUCAACAAGUACAAAUCAUGACAUUUGCCGAAGAUGGAGGUAGCAAAGAUGAACAGCUUUUGAUGCCCCCUGAUGAGACUAUACUGACUUUUGCUGAAGUCCAAGGGAUACAGGAUGCUCUGCUUGGCACCACUACUGUGAACAACAUUGUGAUCUGGAACUUAAAAACUGGCCAUCUCCUGAAAAAGGUGCACAUUGAUGACUCUUACCAAGCUUCGGUCUGUCACAGAGCCUAUUCUGAGAUGGGGUUCCUAUUUGUUGUUCUGAGUCAUCCUUGUGCCAAAGAGAGCCAGGCCUUUAGAAGCCCCGUGUUUCAGCUUCUGGUGAUUAACCCUAAGAUGGCUCAGAGUGUGGGCAUUCUGCUGUGCUGCCUUCCUCAAGGGCAAGCUGGAAGGGUCCUGGAAGGGGAUGUGAAGGAUCAUGUCGCAGCAGCAGUCCUGACUUCUGGGACGAUUGCCGUUUGGGACCUGACACUGGGUCACUGCACUGCUCUCCUCCCACCUGUCUCUAAUCAGAAUUGGUCUUUGGUUAAGUGGUCAGUUACAGAUUCUCACUUGCUAGCUGGACAAAAAGACGGAAAUAUAUUCAUAUACUGCUACUUUUAA